AUGACAUUCAAACUCCCUGGAGUCUGCCUGAUCACUGGUGCUGCCUCAGGAAUUGGCAGGGGAGCUGCUAUUACUCUUGCGCAAGAAGGGUGCUCUAGGCUUUUUCUUGUCGAUAUUGAUCUUGAAGGUCUACAGGAGUCAAAAAAUCAACUCCAACAUGUCAGCAGCACAGCUAGAGUGGAGGUUCUGAAGGUUGAUAUCGCGAGUGAAUCAUCCGUCAAACGUAUGAUUGACGAGUGUGUAUCAAAAUUCGGGCGACUAGACUACGCUCUGAAUAUCGCAGGCGUUGUUCCACAACGAACUCCUAUUGCUGAUGUCAAGAUUGAAACAUAUGAUAAGGUCAUCGCGAUCAACCAGUACGGAACAUGGCUGUGCCAUCAAGCCGAGAUCAAACAAAUGAUGAAACAGGAGCCUUUGGAAGGAUAUGGUGACACACGAGGAAGCAUUGUUACAGUAUCUUCACUCUCAGGGAUCAAUGCUUCGAGCGGAAUGUCAACCUAUUGUGCAUCGAAGCAUUCGAUAGUUGGUUUCGCAAAGACGGAUGCGCAGGACUAUGGCCCACAUGGCAUCCGUGUGAACGUCAUAUGUCCUGGAAUGAUUGAUACAGAUCUUUUUCGAGCCACGAGUCCCCCAGAUGCCCCUGCUGCAUUAGCAGCAAUAACACCUGUACGGCGUCUGGGGAAGCCAUCUGAUGUCGCAUGGCUGGCUGCAUUCUUGUGCAGUGCGGAGUCGAGUUUCAUCCACGGAGCCGUGAUACCAUGUGAUGGAGGGCUUUCGCUCCGAAGAGGUGUCAUAUAG